GGUACUUCCAGGCGGGGAAUUUUUAAACUUUUGAGGACUGACGAGUUAAAUCAAAAUGAACUGUUCUCAAGUUAUUCAGUCGUAGUUUUGCAUGAGUUAUUUGUUGCCUAGUUAGCGUGUGUGAUAUAUGUAUUUGCUAAUUAAUAAAUAAUUUGUUUUACUAAUUUCUCAAGUUAGCUAGUUUGUUGUCGAUAGCUACUAGCCAGAUUACGUUCAUGUGUAUUCUUGCUAGCUAAUCACCCACCGAAUUCAUGUAUUAACGUUAGUAAAUAAAUUGGACAGACGGCAAGAAUGAGCAACGAGACACAUCAAUCCUGUUUGGCUGCUGUAUAAAGGGAAGCCAAUGAGCCAAUAUGGUUGGUUGGACCAUUAUUUGUCUUAUCAAACCAGAUUCUACCAGCCAGCCACGAAGGAGGUCAGCGCGGUUGACCUCUCCAAAUCAAAAUGUCCCCAACACAGCUCCUACAGACACUGUGAAACGCCGCAUCACUGUGAGGAAAAUUGCACCCAGGAAAACACAAUUCAAUGUACCCUCUGAGGACAACAAAGAAAAUGAACAAAGAUUGUCUGAAGGCAGUCUGAAGAAGGCCAAAAUGUAUAUCCCAGGAACUGCCCAGGUUCCUCCACCAAAAGCCACCAUGCUCUCCCCGAUCUUGGCCCCCUAUCCCCAGGCUGCAGGGAACCCUGAGGAUUCAGCAUGGUCACAGAAGGUUCGUCGGUCCUACAGCCGCCUAAGCCUAGGGGACCGUUCGUUUGAGCAUCCCCAAGGCCAGGACGUGUCCUCCCCAUCUCUGCGUCGGGAGACCCUGUUUGGGUUUGAGAAGCUUCAGACACCCCAGGUUCUCCGCAAAGUGGAGCAGUCCAGGGUGGGCUCUGAGGCCUCCAAGUCAUUCUGUGGGGUCAGCUCCUUCACCCUGAUAGAAGGGGACGACAGUGCUGCUCCUGAGCCAGAUGUCAACAUUCCUGGAGUUGCUGUGGUAAAGGAGAAGAGGAGGAGGAAGAAGGUUCCUCAAAUAAAACUGGCAGAGUUGGACGACCUUGCUGCAAAGAUGAAUGCAGAGUUUGAAGAGGCGGAAGGAUUUGAUUUGGUGGUGGAAUAAACUCAUAGGUCAUCCUCAAAGACUUUACAUGUAACUAGAAAUCCUUUUUGCCAAGAUUGGAGAAAGUAAGCUUUUUACACCUCUAUAAUUGCAUUUCAAAGGUGAUGAGGUGUGAACGUAGUUGAUAUUUGCAUAAAUAUGGCACCUAUGGGAACAACAAACAGGAUUAAUUUACAAUACAGAUGUAGGCUUUUUCAAUGUUCUAAAUGUGAGAUUGGUUUAAUACGUGACUUAAUACGAGUUGUGUCAUCUUAAAACCAGUUUCUAUCUUCACUGAUGUUCCUGUCACUUUGAUAGGUUGAUAUUUCUUUUCUUUUUGAGAUGACAACUUCAUUAGGUCACAUGGACAUUAUCUUGUGUUGAAGAGCACCCUGUUAUAUUUUAAAUAAUUGUAAAUUGGAUUACAGACA